GACUUUUAGUAAUGAUCAAACAAGAGCAGAGGAGAUUGCCCCUACUCGUUUUCCCAAAAGAGCAGAGCCUAGUUGAUCAUUGACCAAGCCAAGCCGAAUGAGCAAUCCACCACCGUUGUUAUUCCAUGUACUUGUAGUGGACUAACAGGAAGAUGGUUGAGGAUCCAAAGCGAAAACCCCUCUUUGUCCUCGCUGGCAUCUUGCUGCUUAGCUCAGCACAAGCAGGGAACGUAUACAGAACCUCAGGGCAUCGCUGUGCUGAUUUCCAGACGGCAAAUUUCCUACAUGGCAGUAAGCUUAAUGUCCAGUUUCUUCUAUUCACCUCCUCCAGCCCUAGCUGUGGGGAGCUAAUUUUGGCUGAUGAUGGCAUCAAGAACUCCAGCUUCAAUAGCAGCCUGGAAACGAAGAUAAUAAUCCAUGGGUUCAGAGCAUUGGGUACAAAACCUUCCUGGAUUGAAGGGCUUGUCCAUGCAAUAUUGCACAUAAGUCAGGUAAAUGUGAUUGCAGUGGACUGGGUUCAUGGGGCUACAGGAGCCUAUAACUCGGCAGUGGAAAACGUCACGCAGGUGGCCCUCUUCAUCACAAGCUUCAUCAGCAAGCUCCUGGCCCUGGGAGUCUCUGCAACAUCCAUUCACAUUAUUGGUGUGAGCCUUGGUGCACAUGUUGGGGGCCUGGUUGGGCACUUCCAUGAUGGUCAGCUGGGACGGAUAACAGGCCUGGAUCCUGCAGGCCCUAAAUACACCAGAGCCAGCCUGGAAGAACGCCUGGACCCUGGGGAUGCCCUCUUUGUGGAAGCCAUUCAUACCGAUGCUGACAAUUUUGGGAUCCGGAUCCCUGUUGGACACAUCGAUUAUUUUGUCAAUGGAGGCAAAGAUCAGCCAGGAUGCCCCCGGUUCAUCUCUGCAGGCUACAAGUAUCUGAUCUGUGAUCACAUGAGGGCAGUACAUCUCUAUGUCAGUGCCUUGAAACAUUCCUGUCCUAUCGUGGCAUUCCCUUGCACAAGUCAUCAGGAUUUUUUGAAUGGACGAUGCGUGGACUGUGGUGAUCCCUUCCUAUUCUCCUGUCCCAGAAUAGGCCUGCUAGAGCAGGCAGUUGUCAACAUGAGAAGGCUGCCUAUGAAAGUGAACGCUUAUUUAAUGACCAGUUCUUCGGUGCCAUUCUGUGUUCACCACAGCCUCAUUGAGUUCCGCUUGCAGAAGAAAAGAAAUGUAAUCACCAGCAUUGAAAUCACUUUCUUCAGCAACAGCACCAAGGACACGACAAAGAUCACCAUACCUAAGCAGGAAGAGGUGGGCAGACGGCUGUUGGCCCACAAGGCUCCCCUCUGCCAGACAAACAGUGUGACACUCAAAUACCUGCCCAAGAAUCGGUUUUGGAGGAAGGAUGAGUCACACAUUGUUGGCAAGUUCUGUGCAGCUCCACUGCCUCUUGGUAACAACAGGACCACGUUCUGUCUGCCCAGGAUCCUCACUCUUUAUGACAACACAGAACUCUCUCUCCAGCUGUCUGCUGCUUGCACCUAGUACUGCUUUUGGAGCUCACAUGCAUACCCAAAGCUGGGAAGGAGUCCUAACCUGCUCCUGCUCUCUCUCACGGAUGACACUUUCAUUACAGAACUGGAUGGGUGUUAUUUUAGUUCCUGCAUUCAGGAGUAGGUAUCAAAGAAAAGAAGCAAGAAGUACAUCAGCGAUUACAAGACUAAGCAGUUACAAGACCUCUCAGUAAAAAGACUGUAUUGGGACUUUUAUCUCACAGAUUCUGUUCCCAGAUCUGAAAAGUGAAAUAGACAAGUCAUUUAAUCUCAUGAUUUGAAUUGCUAUGAAACAAGAAGAUAAUUUCAGUCUCCUUACACAGGGAGUAUUAGGAUGAUUCAUUUGUGGUUUAUUAAAGUGUCCUGAGAUCUUUGUA